AGUGUAUAACCUUUUAUUUUUAUGUUUCGCGUCUAUUUUACAACAUAUACAAUCAAAUUAACCGUAAUCAUGUAUUAAAUUAACGUUUUUGUGUGUAAAUUUGUGCAUCAAAGUGAAAUAUAAGCAAAACAUCGGUUUGUUCAUUCAAAACAAUACGAAACGAAAAAUUAAAUUAGUUCAAUGUACCGAACUUACUUAAUAGUGGCAUGUGCUGUUAUUUCAUGAGAUACGAUUAAUUGUGUGGUUUCUUUUAUGAAUUCAACGCCAUUUUGAUUCGUUUUAUAAGUUAAUAUUGGUGUGCUUAACAAUUAUUUCGGAGUUAUAUUUUGAACAAUGUUUUGUGUCCAAGAAAAGGAGUCACCUCACUCGGAACCGUUCAGAAAUUCAGAUAAAGAUCCUCUGAACACACAAUCAGAAUCAAGUGAUGAUGAACCAGACCCAAAACGACUCAAAUUCACGAGUCCUGACCUCAAUCUCCAAGUUUAUCAGAUACCAGCAUUCAAUGCACCAAAGUCGUUAUCUAUAUAUCCAACCACACCUACCAGUACUCUACCAAAAUUCGUCAACAACCCUUUAAACUUAGCAAACCCUUUAGCCUUUGCAACGAGUAACCUGCACAGUAAUAACAUUGUAAAAAAUUUGCAAAAUCGUUACUCAUUACCUGCUAAAUUGACGAUCACCCCAGUAACGAAGGGUGUUUGCGAGGGGGAAAUCGUUAGAUAUAAAAAGAACGGUGAAAUAGCUAAAAAGCGAGGUCCUCCGAAGGGCUACAAGAGGAAACCAAAGGAUUUAUCACAGAGUUUUUCUAACGGAGCUUUAUUACAGGCACAAAACACAAUCCUAACGAGUUUGCUAGCAGCGACAAACACAACACUGACAACAGUGACCGCCCCACCGACUCCGCCAGAACCUGCUCCUGAAAUAAUACUACCACCAGGCACAGAAUUAAUUGAGACCCUCCUAGAUCCCGAAGACUGGUUUCCAACGGAACCGUAUCGAAUGGUUUUCAGCAGAAAAAAGAAUCCCAAGUGGAAAAAUUUUCCGUACCGCUGCGAACAUUGUUUUAAGGGUUACAGAGUAGUUUCGACCCUCGUGAGUCACUCGGCGGAGCGUCAUGGCUGCGUGCCCAAGGAUCUCGCGAUACCCUGCCCUUGUUGCCCUCACGUGUCUCUCCGGAGGAAACAGCACAAGAAACACUUGGAGACCCAUGAGGGCAAACGGCAUAGGAUAUUCUGUCCCUACUGUCUUCCUCCAUCUGAUAAAUCGGAGCCCUACGUAAAGGAGUCAGUGAAAUAUCCUUUCGAUAAAUUCCCUCAAUACUGGUACGCAUCAGAGGAGUCCCUCCGUCUCCACAAGAAGAGGAAACAUCCCUACGCCGCCAUGUUUAAUUACAACUGGUUCUACACGUGGGGUGAGAUUGCGCCGAACAGCUAAAACUCGGUGGUAUAAUACUAAAGUGGUAGCUUCCGACUGGCAACGGUAGAUAAUCGGUACAAAACGGUAGCUUUUUAUAAUUUUAAGGUGCGUUAGUUGUACAUUGUAUCACAAUUUUUAAUAUUUCUUUCCGUCAAGAGAUUACGUGUUUAUUAAGGCCAGUAGGUUUAAUUAAAACGCCUGAAUAGUAUUAGUAUUUUUUGACGUAAUUUAUACAUGUGGCAACACUAGCCUUUUUAGUACUUAUGAUUAGGUUUAAACUUAGCGUAAGUAGUCCGAUCAGACGUCCCAGUGUUGCAAUAUGAAAAAAAAAGGACUAAACGGUCAAUAUUGUCACAAUGUAUAAUGUGUGUAUAUUUUUGUACGAUCGAUUUUUUAAAGAAAUCAGCUAAAAUGUGCCUUCAACGGUUAAGACCAGAUAUUUCGACAUUCCAUUUUUUAUAUAUAUUAUUAUUGACACGGAGUUGUGAAGUAUGUUUAACCUAAAUAACCUCCUGAAAGUCUUGAUUCAUU